AUGCUAGCCACCUAUAGCAAUUCAAUUCUGGCUCUUUUCUCCGCCAAGGAUCAGCAAGCAAUCAAACAUUCUGAAGCUGUAACUAACUCUAUGAACAAGAAAAAGAAGAUGAAAGAAAGAUACGACAAGGAUGUAACUGAAAGCAAGCAAUAUCGCAUUGGGGACAAGGUUUUGAUGAAGAAUCACGUCCCUAAAAGUAAAUUUGAUGAAAAGUGGCUCGGUCCGAUGGAAAUUGUGAAGAUCAAUAAGAAUUCAACAUACUAUCUGAUGAAUAUUAAUGCAAGAAGAAUAGAAGAACCUGUCAACGGAAAUUAUCUCGUUCCAUACAGACAAUCUCGAAACUAA